AUGAAAUCUAUCCCAACGCCUUUCCAAUCACAUCUCAACUGUGCAGACCACGAGACAGCCGAAUCUGCUGUGCGCAAUCUGAAUGGGCAUGAUCUCGGCGGGCGGCCACUCCGUAUCGACCUCGCAGACUCAGACCCUUUCCUCGAAGGCAAAACAACUGUGCGUGAGUCUGCCUCAAGGCGUGCCAAUCCCCCCGGGUCGACCUCCCUCGACACCAUCAGCCAGAUGCUCGCUACGGCAAACCCAGCACAGAUAUUGGAGGUGCUAGCGCAAAUGAAGGCGUUCGUUAUCACGCACCCAGAGCAGGCGCGGGCGCUCCUUGUGGCUCACCCGCAACUGGGCUACGCGCUGUUCCAGGCGCUGUUGCUGAACAACAUCGUAGACCCUGCGAUACUGCAGCGCAUGCUCCAAGCUACCAACGCCGCAACGCCCUCGCAACCCGCCAAGGCGCUUGCUCCCCCAGCGGCAGUCCCGCCACCGAUGCACCAGUCCACGCCCCAGCACCAGCCCCAGCCCCAGCAUCCUCCGCCGAUGUCCGCGCCCUACUCGCAGGGUCCCCUCCAGCACCCACCGUUCCCACCGCACCUCCAAUCGAACAUCCCACAGACGCACACACCCGUGCAUCACCCGACUCCGCCGGUCCCGCCGCCAUCGAUGUUCCCGCCUCCCAGCGCCCACCUCUCGCACACGCAGGCGCAGGCCCCGCCAUACUACCGCCCGCCGCCCCCGCCGAGCAUGCCCGUGCAGGUCGCCCCGGUCUCGCAACCACCACCCAUUCAGCCUUCUGCCAACCCACCACCGGUUGCUCCUGCGCUCGACCCGGCUCAGAGGGACAUGUUGAUGCAAGUCUUGAAUCUGACGCAGGACCAGAUCAACUCGCUGCCGCCCGCGGAACGCGAACAGAUUCAACAGCUAAGAAAGCAGUUCGGUAUCGCCGUCUGA